AUGGGGUUUGUCUACUUUAGAUUGUUAACAUUACCUCUGAAGUGGAACGUAUCACGUCUACGACCCCAAGUAUCGUUAAGUAGUCGUUCAGAGUUGAGAAUAGUAUUUGCGAUGUUCGGGUCCAAAGUUCCGAAUGCGUGGAACCUGUCGAAUGCAUACUCAUCCGAACAAUUGGCCCUUGGUUUCAGGAUCAUAUCAAACGCUUACAAAACGCGCGUAACGUCGUUGGAGGCUGAGAUUAGGACAGUGCGUGCCGCAGCUUCCGAGAAGGCUGAACAGCUUGCUGCCUUCCAGAAGAAGUACAGCAGUCUUGAGGUGCAGCUGAUUGAGUGCACUCAGCGUGGCAACCAACUGGCUGAGGAGAACCGUAACCUGGUUGUUACCAUUAAGAAGUUGCAACGUGAGAUUGACCGUCUAGAAUCACUGAAGAGGGCCGUGCUUAACUCGAUUCAGGAGGACCGUGGUGACGCCGAUUUGGAUUACAAAUACUACAACACCGAUGACAUGCUUCACAGCACCGCACCCCGUACCAUGAUAGAACUCUCUGGUGUCGACACCAUGGACUCCUUCAUGAAAAGGUUCAACGGCAAGCCACAUUUCAGCGGUACUGCUAACACCACCCCUACUACCAAGUUGAACACCGAGAAAGGCACAGUGGAUGGUCGUAAUUUUGUUACUGUGGCCAAGGCAACCUUGAGCCCUGAAGAUUUGAACACUGUUGUGGGUAUCAUCCGAAAGUUCAACGCUCAGCUCCAAACCAAGGAGGAGGCCCUUGCUAGUGCCCAUCAGCUUUUGGCUGAGAACAACGCUAAACUUUACGAAGAGUUCAAGCAGCUGUUCCACGCCUGA